GUUUAUGAAUGUCUCUGGGACUUGUAGUUUAUGGUGCCACGUAACGACGUCAGCGGAAGUGUAUUGACGUUGCGUGAGCUAGCCAGCUAGGUCACAUUGGUUGUGUUUUGUAAGUUUUGAAAAUCAUGGCAACAAUGGAGGCAGCUAAUACAGGUAUUUUAUCAUUAUUCCCACUGUCUUAAAUGCGUGAUUGUUUUCAUGAAAUAACGGCAAUAAUUCACGGUACAACCGGGUUUAUUGGGACACGAUUAUUUAGAACAGGCUUCUCACUCAAUGUUGUUUUCUCGUGUGGCUAACAUUAGCCUGCUAAGUAACCUCAGUUGACUUACGCUAUCUAAGGCAAACGUAAAAGAUCCUUGAUAUGCCCACUGAAUUUGGCCAUUACCCUGAGCAAUGGUAUAAAAUACUGUGUUAUGCACGUGGCAGUCGGAGGUUUUAACAUGUGACCCAAAAGAAAAACAAAUGUUGUAUAUUGAUGAUGCUGACUUUAUGGGUUUAUGUCUGCCUCACCUGAGUAUUCGUCCUCCUUUUGCCCUGCUUCUUUAGAGGAGGUCCAGUUAAGGCAUGUGGAGAAAGAUGUCCUUAUCCCAAAGAUGAUGAGGGAGAAGGCAAAGGAGCGCUGCGCCGAAAAAGUUGAAGGUGUGUUUGUGUGACUGAUGAUAUUGCAGAGGUUUGCUACCCUUCACUUCGAGAGUUAAACAUUUUUCAAAAAAAAAUUUCAUUAAUUAGAAACACAAUAUAAAAGCCAGUCCUUGAAUAGGUUUUGCUGGUACCACUAACACGAGAUAUUUGAAUGCAUUCACUUUACACAUGAAGCUUUAUUAAAAUGUACCUGCCACUACACCCCAUCUCAGAUUAUGCACAGGUGUGUUUGAUCAUCCUAAAAUAACAGCAAUCCUCUCUUUUACACUCAAGGUUUACUUGAACUGUUAAUAAGAAUGGAGCUGUCAUCAAUAAAUAUGUUAACACCAGUUUGUUUCACACAAUUUAAAUCAAAUGUCCCCUGUCAGACUAUUCCUGUUUCCAAAUCAUUAGUAACACCUUACAGAUAAAAAACAAAACAAAAACAAAUGAACAUCAUCGGAACUUAAUCACAGUUAAGUUUAAUGGGCAUCUCUCUAGUAUACACUGAACUUUUUACAAAUAUCUAAAAUUACAACCUGUACAAUUGUAUGAUCUGUCAUUGGGCUGUUCUUUUUUGCGCAUUAUUUUAGUCAGUUUUUCAGGGAAACAUUGGCAGCUGGGCACAUCCAGUGUAUACUGGUUCAAAGCACCAUUCAUAAUUGUCUUGUGACUCUUUAUUUUAAACCUUGAAAAACCAUCUAAUAAUAAACCAUCUUGAUCAAUACAUUGGUUUACAUAAUGACCCAUGUUGUUGACCCAUGUUAUUUUUGUCCAUUUUCACAUCUUGGAUAUAAUUUGGAUAUAGAUUAAUUAAUGUAUUCACCGUUGUGCUUUAGGCUAUUAUUUGAGAAAACCAAUAUGCACUCUGAAUGAUAUUCCCUCUUAAGCAGCCACAUUAGGGCUACCCUAUUUUGGUAAAAAUGGACAUUAUAAUAGAUUUUCAUUCUGCAAUGCUCAUUGCAUUGUGAGAAGAAAACUCUGAAAAUCAAACAACAUACAUGUAGCAUGGUUUUAUGUACAAAAUUUCAGCAUUGUCGACAGCUGGCUGAAGCUUCACCUGAUGGCAUUAAAAUGGUGUAAAAGUAAAGCCAUAAUAACCAGACCCCCAUCUAACUGGUAAAAUGUCCAUGAGUGAAUUUACAUUGACUUAUGUACAGUGUUUAUUAGUGAUAAAUCAUUGAAUUUAAACAUGAAAAAUACCUGAAUUGGUUCACUAGAGUAAGAUGUUGUGAUACUGUAUGGUUACCAUAAAAGCUCAUUUUAUGAUAACAAUUGCAUAGUAUGUUCCAAAAAGAACCCUUAAAACCAUUAGUGUUAUUUACAGUUUAACUUUUCUUUAAACUUACGCGGUCAAAUAUGCGUGCAAACAGAUUAAAUUACAUAUAAUAGUCCAGUCAUCCUUUUAGCUGAUUAUUUUUGAUAUCACAACUAACUUUAAUGAAAUGUAAUUAUUAUGCAUGCAUUAUGAUUAAAGGGGCUGUUCUAAAAGAACAGGACUCCCUGCCGUCAUGAGUGUUGACCUUACACAGACGUAUGAAAAUUUCCUCUUCUGUUGAUAACACAUGAUAAAGUUUCUCGUUUCUUUCAGAAGAUUGAAAGAUUGUUUGGACAUUCAUAAGCCUUGAAACGGGACGAGUUAAAAAGUACCUCAUCAAUUUGUCAUCACUUGAAAUAUUUGAAUGAUGUUUUUGUAGAUAUAGAGCCUUGAUAUGUUUUGACCACACCUGCCAUCAAAGUACUUCGGCCUAUUCGUGUGGAAAUGUGUGUGGCCACCAUUAAAACAACAGCAACAACAACAACAACUGAGUAACUGUGCAGGUUUAUCUAAUUUUUCUCAAAACACAACAUAUGCAAGCUUGUACCUACCUUGACUUCAUUCUAGGUAUCAUUACAUCUAAAAAAAAAAAGAGGCCCUUUAAGCCCAUUUUUAGUCAUUUACUAGGCUAGUUGGCAUGACACCAGAUGCCCCUUUGUAUGCAUGGAAACAGUGGCUGCAGCUUUGCAAACAUGUAUCCUGUGUACUGCAGCAACACAUAAGCUAGAUGACUUGUUUUUUUGUGGUUUCUUGAAAUCUGAUGACAGCCUGUUUCAGCCAGUGUGUGCUGCUCACACCGAGAGACGCCGCACAUGCAGCCUGAGGUGAUGGGACAGACAGUAGCUGUGUGGGCUUGUGGAAACCCCCUCUCACCUUACAAGUUUCUCAGCCCACUUGUUUUCACACCUCCGCACUUGCCCUCCAUCAUUUCAUUCUUUAUGUUUUUGUCUGCACUAGGCCCAGCGUAUGCGUCUAUGAUUCUCUUCUGUGAAAGAAAAAUCUAUGUGCGAGUUUUCCUGUGUUAUCUUGUUUAUUGCUCCCUUUGUUGUCGAAGAGCACAAGUACCAGUAACCUGUACAAAUGUCCUCAAGACCUACCUAUGUGAACAGUGCACACUCAACAAAGAACUGUUUCUCGAGGUGUUUGAAGUCCUCUAAAUAAAGGAGCAGGCCAACAAGCAUGGCACCAGUUUGAUCUCGUGUACAGAAACAGUGGCUGCUUUGUACAACACAAGCUUUUCUCUUACAUCUGCUGUUUGUGGAGCCGCACUCUUCGAGACAACCUUCUGCAGCCUCCAUUAGCGCCAUGGGACAGAGAUGAGGCAUUUGCUGAUUAGAUUAGUCGCACUGUUCUGCCUCUCUAAAUUGGUUUUGCCGUUGUUAUUUUUUGCAUCUGCAUUCUGAUGAAAGUGUCUGUGUGAUAACCAUACUGAUGCCACUGAUAAAGGUAAUUAUGAUAUCAGUUGUUGAAAGCGGCAGUUUUUAAUUGAGUCUUUUAGAAGGAGCUUGCUAACAAGGUGAAGACUCAAAGUCUUCAGCACCUUGUUGUCACUGAAGACCUUGGACGUUUAAUCUGGGAAACACUGGUAGCCAGGGCGCAGUGUCAGAGAAGAAAGAAGUGCAACAUGUUAAACGCCAAUCAGCCAUAAUAUAAUUACCACCUACUGAAUAAUUGUGUAGACCCUCCUUACACCAGCUCAGAGCCAAAACAACAUGAUCCAGUGAGACAGGUCCAACCAUGUCCACUUCCUCCAGGCUAGCUUCCUUGGUUCCUCUGAGGUCUAGAUGUUGUGCUUGCAUGUUUGUGGGCGUCCACAACAGUCUGCAGUCAUGCAGCCCUGUUAGCAACAAACUGGGAUGCUCUGACUGUUCUUACUUUGGCCCCCAGGGCAGGGACCUGUUUUCCUUCCUUGCACCACUUCAGAUGGUACUGGCCUCUGCAGACCAGGAACACCAAACAAGAGCUGCAGUUUUGGAGAUGUAGCCUGGCUGGGCCAUCCAGUUGCGUGAAUCACUUGCUGUUCCUUCCCACAACAGUCUGGACUUCAGCCAAUUGGGAACCCUAAAAGUGGGCGGGAGUACUUUCCUUGAUAGACAGACUACUGUAACCAAUCACCAUAACCAAACAUCUGAUGUCAUCACAGUGCGCAACUGUGUUCCCUGCUGGGCUCUUAAGCAUCAAGUGAAGGUUUGGUAAUAUUUCAACGUGUGCGAGCAAACAAUGUCUUUUACGUCUUUUUCUGUGGAUAUAAACGAUUUCUGCCGACUUUGCAAAGUCAACUGCAGAAUUUACGGCGUUCUUAAUGAACGGGGCUUUGAAAAGUCCUGCAGCAUGUGCUAGACGUCACCAUCUACACAUGGACCAUCAGGGGCUGCCUUUCCCUGUUGUCCGGGUAACAGUGGAAACACGGUCUCUGAUUGGCCCGGUUAUUUUCUGAUUUCUAAUACAUGCUCCCAAUUGGCCGAAGUCCAAACUGUUGUGGGAAGGAAUGGCAAGUGAUUCACGCAACUGGAUGGCCCAGCCAGGCUAUUGGCGAUGUGCCCAUUUUUCCUUCAAGGACAAAAUGUUACAAGCUGCCCAAAUAUUGUUGUUGAUAAUCAACGGCACUUCACAUGUUAAAUACCCCAAAGAGGGACCUUUGUUUGAACUUUCAACUUCAACCUUAUUUCAUUUAUAUGGCACUUUUCCUACAAAGCUGUAACACAAAGUGCCUUACAAAGCAUAAAAAGAAAAUGAAACAUUAAAAUCCCCAAGAAAACCCCAAACCUCCCACCCGCACAAUUAUACCCAUACACACACCCGUGCACAUAGACAUACAUUCCCACACACACAACUUUACAUACACACGCACCUACACACUUAGCAGCUGAUGGUGAGGAGACAUGACUGGGCACUGAGAUCUGAGGUGAGGUAGACGCUAACUUUGGGGGCCACGUCGACCGGGAGGCAUCCUGGCCCAUUGCUGCAGGGGGCGCCGUCACAGGGACCACCAGCCCGGGCAGACAGGAGGCUCCACACCAAGGUGUAGAGCUCUCUGGUUCCACCCGGGCCAGAGCUGUCCCCAGAGCGGCGUCCCCACCAACAGACCAGAACCCGCUCCCGGUGAAGCAGCCCCCAGGAGGAAACACUGAACACUGUUAAGUCAAAAUCUUUUGGACAAAAACCUCAAAGGAUAGCUAGCCCAAGUUGUGCUACAAGUUGUAGGGACAGUAUUGCGGUGGUCUUGACUGUGAGGCGCUGUAGCCUGCUAGUUACAGAAAAGUGAGGUUGGUGGGCAGCAAUGUGGAACUUCAAGUUGCAAGCUUCAGGCCAAUUUUUCAAUCCAGUGCAUCCUGGGAAUGGUCUACCAGUGCUCCUAUAGCUGGUUACACCAAUGGUUCUCAGGUUAAAGCAAAGAGGACAUGGUCAUAGCCUUUCUAAAUGGUUAGCGUACAAAUGUGAACUAAUUCUGCAGUGCUUAGGAAACUUAGGAAACCAGAUUGUUAGGACAGCACAGAGUGGGGUUAGGGUUUCUCUCCCACCUCAGUUUGGAGAGAGCUCCUGAGGAAAGCCACAGAGCAAGAACUACUCUCUACACCAGCUGACUCACAGAAUUGAAGACCCACCCUUUGAGACUGAAGGUACUUUCUUAAGAGCCACAAAACACAGUUCCUACAUAUAUCAGUACAACUGCUGUAAGAGACAAACUUGCAUAAAUAAGUCAUCAGCCCAUACUGUAAAAUUCAGAUGAACAUUAAACUGUUUGAUUCUGUCUUUGAUGAGCAAGUUAGUACAUAGAUACAUCACUGUUUAAAACCAUUCAGAGAGGAAAUAAGGCAGGCUGAACAGCCCGUCACAGCAGCCUUAGCAGAAGCAUCAAAUUUGACAGAAUGUAAAUGUUACAGCCAGAAAUAAAUUAAAAUAAAGAAACAGAAUUUGCCUGAACACCAGACUAACAGCAAAACAGUCAAAGUAGCCAAAAGUGGGCGACCAGGUGAUAUUUACAUUUAUUUUAUUUUUUGCAUUAUUUAUUUGAUAUUUGUACAGUUUAUUUCAAAGUCAGUAUGGAAACUGGUUACCCACACAUAAAUCAUUCUGUGGCAGCUUUAGUCAAGUCGAUUUCUCUUGUCAACGAGGAAAUAUUGGUUUGAGCUGGUAACAUGACCUGUGACCAUGGUUCCUUGUUGUGGUGGAGCGCUAAUGCGAGGCCCAACCUCAAUGUGUUUGUAGCUACAUGCUUGAUGUCUGCUUGACUCUAGGGUCAUAUAAGAUGAAAGAGUUGAAGGUAACAGACUUGGAGCGUUUAAAAAAAUCAAUUUUAAUGAAGGCUGUUGUACAUUUUAAAACUUUGAGCUAAUCCCCUCCCUCUUUUUGCCACCUCUCCUCCAGCCUUCAACCACUGCUGUAAAGAAUCUGGUUUCUUCAUGGUGUUUAAGUGUCGAGAGGAGAACGCAGCGUUAAAAGAAUGUCUGACAAUACAGUGAGUAUUUAACAGUUUCCCCCUCAACACUUACACUGCAAGGUGGCUGCAAGUGUGGUGACAAACCACAUGUUAUCUCUCCAAUAUCUUUUGCAUAUGCUCACCUACACUCAGCCACCCUCGCACAUACUCCUAGCUGUUGCACCUCAGGCCUCAGUAGCUAAAAAAUUCAGUGAUCAUGAAGUUGCAUCUGUCCUAUGUAAUGAAUGCUGUACUUUCUGUCCUCCACCAGCUACAACGACCCGUCGUUCUUCGAGGAGUGCAAGCAGGAAUACAUUCGAGAGAAGCUCGAGUAUGAGAGGACAGGGAUCCCAGCGAAGAACCGGAAACAAAAACUGCCAACAAGCAUGUGAUCGCCAAUACGGUACCCCAAAGCAACUUCGCGUAUUGGAAGCUGGCGGAGCGGAGUGUGAGGCUCUUGCCAGGACCAUCUUCAAGUCUACACAGGACACAUGGUUCCCCUGCAGAAAUUAAACUUGGCUUUUCUAUAAUUUAAAUAAUGGCGCUUUGAAGUUCUGUACGUUUGCUUAUGUUCUUUUUCAGAUUGCCAGAAUGAUCUCCCUCACAGCACUCAAAGUUGCAGAACUGAUGAUCUUAUUGAUAGAAUUGGCAGAAAGGUCAACUCCAGGUAUAAUCAACCCCUGACCUAAAUGCUUGAGCUUCAGAGCAUAAAUUUGGAUAAUCGCUUUCAAUCACAGAGUACAUGCAAGAAAGCACAGAUGAUAAUAAACAGCUGUUUCAACAACAGUUUGGUCAUCAGCUGACUGAAGUUUAUAAUAUUGUGCAAAGAAUUAAAAUGAGACAUGAACAUGAAAUACACUUGUACAAUGUAUAUAGGAGAGAUCUAACAAUUAACAAAGCAAUGAAUUGCGUGUUGUCAUUGUAUCUCUGAGUGUAAUGUGAGAAUGUAAAUAAAAGUUUGUCUGUUUCCCCGCUGUGUCAACAAAAUAUACAAUAACUUAAUUUAUCACUAAAGUGAAAUUCAUUUGUCUGGAAUCUCCUGAAAAUUUUCUCUGAAAGAAUUCCUAUGGAAAAAUUUACAUACCUAUGGAAAUAUAAUAAUCAAAAUAUUUUGUCUGUCAGUCUGACCUCAUUUGAAAAAGUCAACUAUUAUAAUGUUAUUUAAGUGGAUCCACUGGCAUGCACUUAAGAUCUAUUUCCCUGCAUUCAAAAUUAGAUCAUAGUUUCUUUGAGCAACUGAGAGUGUGUCAAUGUGUUCUUUUUCUGUGCCACUCUCAUGUAUUGUAAUGCUUUAACAGUACAUGGGCGGAGAAGUGGUCUCUCAAACAACUAAAUUUGAUUUGAAAGGGUUUGCAAGAGCCAUAUACCUUAUAUUUGUAGAUAUAAAUUCAUCAAGUUAAACCCAGCUUUACUAAA